AUGUCGGACACGGAGGAAAAGAAGAAGAACGUGGACGAGACGACGACGGAGGCCGAGGGAGGAGCAGCUGCAGCUGCCACGACCACGGAUGAGGUCGCACCCGAGUCCGACGAGCCACAGGCGUACUUUGAGCCGGUGGUGAAGCUUGACGAGGUCGAGGUCACUACUGGCGAGGAAGAAGAAGAGGUCGUGUUUAAACAACGUACCAAGGUCUUUUGCUACAAGGAGUCGCUGCUGGACAAGGGCACGGGCAAGAAAUCGUGGUGUGAGCGCGGUGUGGGCGAUGUGCGUUUCCUCAGGCACAAGGAGCACCAAAAGGUGCGCAUGCUCAUGCGUCAAGAGAAGACGCACAAGAUCCUGAUCAAUCACUUGGUUGAGUCGCGGACGGAGCUCACACCCAACAUGGGCAGCGACCGUGCGUGGGUCUUUAGCUGCUACGACUUUGCCGACGGGGUUGUCGAGACGCAAGUCUUUGCCUUGCGCUUUGGCAGUGCAGAGAACGCCCAGAAGUUUAAAGAGGCGCACGACGCUGCCAAGGCUAACAACAAGAAGCUCGAGGAAGGCGCUGAUGCAGCGGACACGUCGGCAGGCGACGAUGCCGCCAAGGCUCUCGAGUCGUUGGAUGUCAAGAAAGAGGAGUAG